UUCUAAUUGUUGGACUUUGAAGCAAACCCAUAGAACCAGAAGCAGCAACUGCAGCAGCGAGCGAGCGAGCGACAGAGAUAGAGAGAGAGAGAGAGAGAGAAGUGAUGGUGGAGUUGAAAGCAAAUUGGUUGAAGAAAGCAGUGAUUCCUUCCACUCUUAUUGAUCAUCCUUCCCCUGGCAAUCUCCAGUCUACUCGUCUUGCCCUUCAUGUGAAUGAUGAUAACAAUUCUUCUUGUUGGGUCUAUGUAGCUUCUGGUUGCCAUAUUUACAGACUUCUUAUUCCAAUGAAAAGUUCACUGAUCAACCUAGGAAAGGGGGACCUCCUAAUUCCUGAACAAUGUGAGGUUCUAGAGGCCUCAGUGGUUAAUCACUGCCCCCAUCGGUCAGAAAUCCAAAGCAUAGCGCUAGCUGAAACUGAAAGCACUGGUUGCUUAACACUGGGAAGCGUGGAUUCUUAUGGUCACCUUAUUGUCUCAAGAUUAGAUGCCAGUGGUAAAGAUGUCAACAGGCUUACGUAUUCUGUCUCUCCUCGAGAUUGUGGUGUUGGAGAAGGUAGCUGGGCAGGCCUUUGCUUCAACCCUACUCAAUGGUCCAUGGCAGCUGUGGCUCACAGUUUCUCCAAAACCAUAGAUGUUUAUGACCAAGAUAUUCAUCUCCGCACUUUACGUACAUUGUCGUAUCCAUCAUCACUUAUGUUCAUGCAAAGUUUUUCUGGAGGGGGUGAAAAUUCCGUAUUAGCAAUUGCAGAAGGUUGCCAGCUGUCAAUAUGGGACUUGAGAAUGAAAGAAAACGGUGGUUGCGUGCGUCGAAUCUGUGGAUCAGUAGGAGAUAUCUUGUAUGCACUCUGUAAUUCUUCAAAAGGUACUAUUGCAACUGGUGGAGCUGAUCGCACUGUGACCGUCUAUGAUCCUCGAAGGUUGUUUCCUCAUGAAGCUUUACUUGGUCCUGAGGGAUUGUUUGCUAUACUAGUAUAAAGAAAAAUUAUAUUUACAGUGUUCUUGUGCGCUUAAUCAAUUGCAGAUCACUUGGAAUACACUAUGCCAACUUUGAUCUUGUCUAUCAUCUCAUACAUUUCUAAUCUUUGCAUUCUUUUGAAAGGAAUAUUGCGGUUUUUAGCACUAGGAUAUGUUCUCUCUUGCAACUUCUCAUGAAGUGUGUAAUUAUCUCAGCUUCCUAUGUCUGCUUCAAUGUCCUGAUGCGAAAUAUACAUUUCAA